GUUGUCCGUCUAAGCUUAGAGAAUUCAUUCUUUCUUCUCAAGCGAGCAAAUCGGAUUCGUUCGAUGUGGAUGCGGGCACACUUGUCACCAACUUCACUUCGGGCAGAGCAAUAAAACUUUCCCCAGGCAAUAUGGAGGGCACUGGAUGAUGUCAUCGAAGACGGCGACUGUGUCAUCAUGGUACCAAUCCACAGCUGAUAACCGGAUGCUUCGAAGGCACAGGAUUGGAGUUUUAGACGUAUAUUCACCCCAUGAGGAGGAUUUGCUCGACAGUGAACAAGCUCGCAGAGGGUAUCAAGCAAAAUCAACACCAUUCGAAUACGGCUCACUCGUAUACAACAGUCAAUCAGCACAGCUUGAUCGUUUGGAUGUGGCUCAAGCGAAAUCGGAAACGCUUUUGAACUUUGUUAUCUAUCAGAAAAGUGAGAUAAGCUCCUUGGAGAGGCGUAAGGGCCGGGAUACAAAUGCCCAAUUGGCAGCUGCAAAAGCUAAAGAGCGCGCAGCCUGGUUCACGGAUCUUGCUAGAGGGAGAUCUCUAUCCUCGCUUGCGAAGAAGAUUCCCAUCAUCGAGGGGCGGGAGGGAUUACAGUACCUAUGUGAUUACAGAGUACCACCCUUUCGCGCUUUAUGGUAUCUAAAAAUCACAGCUGUCCUAACUGGGAGCAAUGCUAAUGUCAAACGGAAGAAGUCUGUCAGUGAUUUGUUUGCAGCAGAGUACAAAAAUGUUUUUGUAAAAGCGAUCAAAGAUAUAAUGGCUCGUAUGUGGAAUGUUAGUGACUUGACUGCAAGUCCGGUUUAUAAGGAACGGUGGCUGUACAUCUCCAACCUAUGCAAAUGUGCUUAUCAGGACGGACUGCUUGAACGCCAAGAUUUUCUCAAUGAACUAUGCAACAUCUUCACUGAUUACUUCAUCGCAAGAAUCAAAGGUGCGGAGAAGCUGCCGCCUUUAAGGAUGUAUCUUCUGUUUUUCACCCAAUUUCUACGUCACAUCAACAAUAACUUGAUUCUUGCCCGGCGUGUGGCUCAUAUGGCUGCUACGAAAUUAAGUAUGUACAAAAUGGCAUAUGAAGAGAAGCGCAGAGCGAAAAAAGCAUCCAAAUCAUUCAUCGCACUGACCAAUUGCUCUGCCCUGAAAUCUGUUAUACACAUGCUAACUGCGAUCUUGCAAAGUAUCGUCAUCGAUGUUCCAGCAGCUGUAGUAUGGAAUAACUUCAAGGUACAAACGGCAGAAAAGCAUCCUUUUAUUUUAUCACAGUUGUGUGGAUCUCCUCUUGAUCUCCUUCCAUGUCCCGUCUAUAAAUUGCCGCAUCUUGCUGGAAAAGGUUCUGAAAGAUUCAUUGAUCUUCUGAAGUUGCGCAGUGCUGAGAUUAUCAGGCGAAGCCAAGCAGUGCAGGAUAACUGGUCUUUUGACCCAGAAGCAUUGUCCUUCGCAAAGCUGGUGAAUGGCUAUGUCAGCGUGAUUACUAUCUUGGACUCAGUGGACAUGCUAGAGCCGCAUAUCGUACAAGCUUUUGGUAAAAGGAUCUUCACUUUCAAGUCGGAAAAUUGGGCCGAAGAAGUUUUGAUGAGAAUCAAGCUUAUGCUACACUGGGCCGUUACUGCGGAGCGUGAAGGUAGUCGUAGAGCUGUUAUCGUAGCAAAGGUCUUACAUCACCGAGUAUUAGAACAGCAGUCAUAUAUGUUUGGACCUUUUCAUAUGCAGGAUAUCAUUUUGAGUUAUCUUGAUACUGAAGCUCCUACACCAGAGUCAAAAUUUUUUCAUCGGGAGUUCGCAUCUUUAGUCACUCUCUUUAUUGAACUCAUUCGCUUCAAACUAUUCGACCAUGACAGUUUUGUAAAGGAACUAAUAAAGUCUGGAGAAGUCGACUGUGACCGUCCUUUGAUGACUAGAUUCGAAUGCGAAUGCAAAUGCAGUUCUGCCACCUCGUCAACACAAGCUCAGCAGAUUGAUACUCGGACACUCGAAGAUCCAGCGAGACUAACAGACUCAGCUUCCCACAAUCAUGGCGAUAAGGACAUGCAUCUCUACUUCAGUGAUGCGAUGCCCAUGAAUGGGCGUAUUCUUAUAGAGAUGCCGCUACGUCAAGUAGAAGAGCAUCGAAGUGAAGCCAUUCAGAGGGCGCUUGUUCUAUAUGGAGUGAUUGGUUGGGAAAAUCAUGUUUCCGAGAUGAAGAAGAUCGCAAAUAAGAUAUGUAAACUUUGGCAAAAGAAAAUGUAUCUGCAGUUCUGUACUGAGAAUAAGACUCCUUUCUGGAAGCACUCCAUCAGCUCACAAGAAAUUGAGGAAGUUCUUGAGAGAUUCAGGAUGCAGACCUACUAUGAUCAAGUGAUGAUUUGCGGCUGGUGUGCAGAGUCCUUCUCUGAUAUGAUCUGCGACUUCGUAUCAAAUCGUUCUUCGCAUGUUCCCACGUCUGAAGCACUGAAUAUCAUUUGCGAGAUGUUCGAAACGGCUCAGUUUAUCUAUGGCAUGUUUGAAUUCUGCGAAGCGGUAACUCCAUUAUUGUUACGUGCUGAAGGAGUGAUUCAUUCUCUCGCUGUCGAUGUGAUUCCGGGUGCUCUGUCCGCUCGGCUUGCGUAUGUCUUCGUGGCUUAUAUCUGCAAACAUUGGUACUACUUCCUUCAUUCGGAUCUUGCACCUGCGAUCACAACACAUAUGUAUGAACUGAUCGAGCCAAUGAUUUGCGAUCACGAGUUUCCAAAGACGGCUUGGGGUCGAGCCAUAGCAGCUUUCGUAUAUCAUUCGCAGAAGCAUUUGAAUGGUAGCCAGCUUUCUGAUAUGAAACUUCACGGAAUUCGUGAUAAUUUGCUUCGAAUUCUUGAACAUGGAGGUCCCGCCUGCCAUGGAGAACGUGUUUAUGAUGAGAACUUCUACAAGGAUGCGUUAGGAAAGACCAUGCGAUUUUUCUCUUACCGUGAUUACAAAGAAAAACUCGCAUCUUUUGAACAUCUGCGCAAUCGCUGUUCCUUCGUUAUCAAUUCCUUUAUCGCUGCAAAGGACUGCAUGCGCGAUCACGAUCGACUCGUCGAUCUAGCUACUUUUUGCGGUCACAUCACGGCUGAGAUACCCGUGCUCGCGAAUGAAUGGAUUGUGGCUAUCAAAACUCUUUGUUGUAUAAGUACGAAUGAAUCCCUUGCUUACGAGGAACUCCUGGAGUACAUUGAAGUUAGUAAUAGCUCUACUCAUUAUCCCAUCGCUACCUUCGUCAUGUUGCUAGCGGGCAAAUAUGCUUUCAGCGCCUCUAGACUAGUAGCUGAGCUUUUGAACAGCGCGUUCCCCAUAAUCACAGGUCAGAGGUUUACCGAGGAAUCUGUUGCUCAUAACAGGAGCAAGUCCGAAUUGAGAAUGUGUUUAACGCUUCGUAUACUCGCUCAAAUUGUCUGCGGAACUGAUGAACCUUUCUGUAAGUUGAGAGACAACGUGGGUGCUGUCCCAAAACAGAAGCUGUUGACCAGCUGUGCGGAUGAAAUAAUGUUAUCCAUGAUGCAAUGGUGUGAGAUGGAUGAUGUUUUGUUUCCGCUGCUAAGUAACAUAUGCAUCCUGCAGAAUACGAUGCGAAGCGGGAGAGGGAAGGGGAGUCUUUCUGGUUCGGCCAAAGAUAGAGAAUAUCUCUCGACUAUGGUGGAAGCUGUACAGUGCGUCAUAUGCGAUGAGGACUGGGUUAGGAUGAAAAUGUGUAGAAUUGUCGAAACGAAUUCCGUGGAAGUAUUCGGCCACGAACAAUUGAGGCGGAACAGCGUUGGCCAUCAACUUUUGCGGCUUAGCAUUUGUCGGCGAAGCGAAAGGGAUGUCGCCCGCGAACUAUCCCUUUGCAGUGAUUCGAAAAAAGCGCAAAUUGAGAAGUUGCUUGCUGCGAUGAAUAUUUGGAACAUGCGAGCGACAGUAUCUGAGCUCAUGCUAAUGAUGAAAGAGAUCUCUUUUGGCGAUGACGCUCAACAAAGUACGAUCGCAGCUGAUGUAUCAAUGGGCGUGAUUGCAAAAUGCUGCCGCGAUCUGUUCAUAAAUGCAUACAAUGAAGGCUUGCAAAUCUCCUCAGCCACGAUUGACCGAGAUUUUCGGUUCCGACAGGUUACGAACUUCUGGCUGUUGGCUCCCCUGCUAAAGAUGUGUUCUCGAACAAAUAUUAUGUCGAAUCUUCAUAAGCAGACAACGAUUCACAGUAAAUUCCUCAAAGAAGCAGUGUCUAUGCUAGACCUUGGGGAUGGCAGCACCAUGGAGAGUCUUAAACGAAGCUCAUGGUUGCUAUCCCAAGAACCCUUUUUGAAUCUGGUUCUCACAUGUAUGAAGCUCGAAAGCUCCCAACCCAACAAAGAUCUCCUGGUUUCAUUGAUAUACAGACAGCUCGUUGGUUUUACAAACAGGAUCAAAGAGGACUCAGCUGUGCUGCUUACGGAAAAGUUCGCAGCCGAACGUGAAAAUUUGCUUCUUCAGCUAUCGUUGAUAGGCCGUAUGUUUGAACAGAUCUGUCAACCUCAACAUUGUGUAGCAUGGUCCCAUCUAUUCUUCCAAAUGAUGUUUUACGGGAUAAUAUCACCCGACAGAGAAAGAAUAUUGUACAAUUCCUGUUAUGACAUGUUAUCGACUCUGAUGCUGUGGACACUGACGCAUCCCUUGACCAUAGUCCAACAGUCAAAAGAAGGAAGUGAACUAAAAUUUCGCUGGCCGUACUAUUCGAGAAUAGUGAAGAAACUAAAAAAAGAAAUCGCUGGUAAGAAAGUGCCUCCUGAGUCACGCAAUUUGCUUCUCUUUUUGCCUCUACCGAAAAAGAAGAUAUCCGUCUACGUUAUGUCACCAUGUACAGCUGCCUCGGGAGCAGCGCGUCUUUCCUGCGCAUUAUCACCUUUUUACCGCUCCGGUUUGCGUGUCAGCGAAAAGAUGAGGAUGUCGAGCUAUGAGUUCAUUGGACAAAGCAUCAAGGACGGCUGCAAGUGGAGGAGCUGGUUUCAGGCUACAAGGGUCGAUCGUACCCCAUGUCCAAUUCAGAAAUGGGUUGCAAGACUUCUGAUACACAAACAUCAGUUGGAUUAUCCGAGAUCUAAUGUUAUCACCGAAGCAAAUGAUUGUUUCUUGUCAGCUGCUGAUCAAGAUGCAAGCAACGAAGCUCCACUAUCGGACUCGGGCGUAAAUCCUUCUGGCACUUGCGCAUCCGACAGAGCGCAUACGAGCAUUGCUACUGAAGCAGCUACAGCAGGGAGCGAAGAAACGACCAUAUCGAAGGGUACGCUCCGCAAGACUCUUGCAGAAAAUGUUGUACUGACACAUGAGGCCACAUCACUCCAAGAAUGCAGCUCAACACCAUCGAAUCCGGUUGCGCUUGCAGGAACUACUGGACUUGGCAAACGUGACCGCAGAAGUGCCAGGCUGAUAAGUGCAGGAAUUUCGAAAAGCGUAAGGAUGGAUGGAGUGAAGAGUCACACGAAAACGAAGCUUCAGGAACGUAUCAAUAAAAAGCGUCUGGAAGCAAUUCGGCUAGCAGGCACAUUCGUUCCCCAGCAGCUUCACGCUGGUGCAUCACAUCAACUAACACUGACAGCUGGCCCCGUGCAGUACCACGAUCACUUGCAAUCAUAUGCCGGCAGGAGCAGUUCGAUCGCCGGCGAAGGACAGAUGAGUGCCCAGGGUUAUGUAGGCUUACAGGUCCCCUGUGAGGGACAGCAGCCAAUGGGGACUGCUGAUUCUUCAGUGAGCGUUCUGCAAAUGCCUCAUCAGAUGAGAUAGAUUCCAUCGCUAAGAUGUCGGAUUUGCACGCGCAACAGAACUGGCAAAAGUCAGAAAAAAUAUAAGCUCUAGCAAGCGUUGUAUUUGCAAGUAGUCAGUUUGUACAAGUUAAGGUUGGCUGCAGCCAUCAAAAUAGCACAGCGCGGACGAUAGUUGACAAUAAUUUUGUCAACGAUCACUGGUAGCGCUAAUUAUUCUAGUCAUAGUACAGUCAAUGUGAUUAAUAUUUGACAGACGGGUAUGCAUUUAGAACAUUUGUUAUCUAUGAAGCGCUAGACGCUCUGAAAUAUUUCUGCGUUUGUCGUUGAUGUCAUGUAUGUACGUCAUUGUUCGCAGG